CCAAGCACACUGGUGAGAGACCAAAUUCUCUUGCCCACACAACGGCGCGCGACGGCGAACCUCUCAGGGGAAAAAAGGCGACGCGACGGCGCUGGAGCCGGCGGCCACUCCACACCCCAGAACGCGCUGACGGGAACGAGCGGAUCAAGGCCAGGUGCAUCGGCGGUGCCCACUGCUUCGCGGCGGUCUUCACCGGUGCCGUGGGGAUCGCGCCCUCUGCAGCCGACUUGUUUUGCACUUGUGGCAGUCUGGACGCCUACGAUCAAGUAAAUCAUGCGGGCAAAGCUUUGGAUGAGAUUUGCCCCCUUCCUUUCAAAGCGUUACAUCUCCACCUGCCGGACAUCCCCACUACCUCCAUCUUCAUCGAGCUCGGUAAUACAACCAUGGCUUUUUAUUGGCCUCGGUAACCCCGGUGAGAAGUACCAAUCCACCAGACACAAUGUUGGGUUUGAUAUGAUAGAUGCAUUUGCAGAGUCUCAGGGCAUAUCCCUGACAACGCAUCAUUUCAAAGCACUAUUUGGUGAAGGGGUGGUAGAUGGUGUCCCUGUUUUGCUUGCCAAGCCUCAAACAUACAUAAAUCUGAGUGGUGAAUCUGCUGGUGCACUUGCUGCAUAUUAUAAACUGCCACUUCACCGUGUCAUAGUGGCAUAUGAUGACACGGACCUGCCAUGUGGAGUUCUCCGUUUACAACCUAAAGGAGGAUACGGACGUCACAAUGGGUUGAAGAGUGUGAUCUACCAUUUUCGCAAGAACCGGGAAUUUGGUCGAUUAAGGAUUGGAAUUGGACGACCGCCUGGUCAGAUGGAUCCCAAAGCUUUUGUGCUUCAGAAGUUCAAUAAGACUGGUCGGGAACGGAUCGAUUCGGCCAUAAAGGAGGGAUGUGACAUUCUGAAGAUGGUGGUGACCAAGGGCUUGACGGAGGCGGCGAGGCUGUCAAAUGUGGAUCAGAAGUACAAGCAUCUGGUCUCACAUGACCAGCACUUGUAAUUCAAGAUGGCAACAAACCGCUUGGGCUUGGAGAAAUGUUGUGUGCUUUCUGCAAGGUCUAUGUGCUCCUGUAGUAUAAAUCGCAUGGUAAAAGAUCUAUAAAACCGACAGUUGUCUCACCCUCGUUGUAAAUCCUGUUUUCUCGUCUCUUUUUGAAGGGGUGAAUCAUGAUGUUUUUUCUCC